UUCUGCACGGCACCAUUUGUAAAGCAAAGCAUUUAUGACUGUAAACAUGUCACUAACGGAUAAGGAAUAUUAUAAUCUGAGCAUCAGUAUUUCCAAAGCGCUCAGCAAUGUGGAAAUGCCCAUCAAGGUGAAGCACGUCCGGGCCGCUAUCAUCGGCACAUUCCACAGCAAUGGUGGGCACGCGUUUUGGGCCAUCGCUAUCCGGCAACCGAUACAGGAGAAUCGCAUUGUGGCGUGGAAGUUUUGCCAUCUGCUGCACAAGAUAUUGCGCGAGGGCCACCCGCUAUGCUGUCCCCAUUCGAUGAGGCACCGGGCGAUGCUGCUGGAUUCGGGCAAGCUAUGGGGCCAUCUGACCGACGGCUACGGUAUCUGUAUUAAGCACUACACGAAGCUGCUGGUGACGAAGCUCGAGUUUCACGAUCGCAACCCGCGCAUACCGGGCAGCCUCUCGCUGCGCCAGGGCGAUCUGGAAAAGAUUGGCGAAGGAGACAUUAACAUUUACUUUCAGCUUGCAGUUGAGAUAUUCGAUUAUCUGGACGAUAUCGUAGCAGUGCAGGCGACAAUAUUCAACUCCAUCACAACAUUCUGCGUCAGUUCGAUGACCUCGGCGGGUCAGUGCCGGUUGGCACCGCUGAUUCCUUGCAUCCAGGACUCGAACCCACUGUACGACAUGCUUGUGCGGGUGAUGUUCAAACUGCACGCCAACUUACCCUCCGAUCUGCUCACCGGCCAUCGGCAGCGUUUCAGUACGCUAUUCCAUCAGCUGAAAUCAUUCUACGGCCAGUCGCGUAAUUUGCAGUAUUUCGUCAACCUGAUCACCGUACCGAAGCUACCGGAGGCACCGCCCAACUUCGAGCAGCAAAGCGAUCUCGGCAACUACCAGACGCCGGUGGUAGUGAUGCCCGACAGUGAUCCGAUCGACAAUGAACCGGAACCACCAGCGAUUGACAAUCUAAUAGAUACGGCGGAGGCAACCCCACCGAUUCCGGAGCUACCGCAUACGAACAACCACCAUCAUCAACCCGCCGCACCGGUCGUUCCGGUGGCACAAGUGAUGGAGCUCGAACGGUUGAUCCAGGAGCGGGACGAUCUCAUACGCCACCUGCAGAUGGAAACGCAACGAUUGUCCAACCAUCUGAAGGCGGUGUCGAUCGAGCAGCGUGAUGUGCAGUGCCGAAUGGAAGGCCAAAUAGCUACACUUAAUGCACAGCUGACGGAGAGCCAUGGGGAGCUAACGAAUCUACGGUUUCAAAAAGAGGAACUUGAGCUGCGUACCCAAACGGCACCAAAUCUAGAGCAGCGAGCACAAGCGGAAGAAGAACGGGCGAAAGCCAGUGAGGAAAAGUUCCAAAAGUUAAAAACAAUGUACACGCAGAUACGGGACGAACAUGUCAACUUACUGCGCCAGAUGAAAAUAGAUCAGUACCGAUUAAUGUGCUAUAAAAAGCACGGUGAAAUUAGCAAACAGUUAGCAUCAUCAACGAAAGUGGCGGCGGAAGCAAGCAAAGCAAAGGAAGAACUGCAAUGCCAACUGCAGGAACUCGAGCAAAAGCAAGCCCUUGUAGCGAACGCCCUGCAGCAAAGUUCGAACGACGCGCGGCAGGAGCAGGAAGCUAUCAGCGAACAACUGCAGAACAUGACGCAGAAGUGUGAAUCACUGCAGAGUCGGUAUGAUGAGAUGGAAGCAUCGCGCCAAGCAGAAAUUGCGGAGCUUCGCCACAGCCUGGAACGGUUGGAGGGUGAAUUGCAAACAUUCCAGCAGGAUCGCGACACGCUCUCGAACGAGAAGGGCACGCUGGAAGAACGGUUGUCCGAGAUACAGAGUGAAAAGGAUGAGCUUGGUUUGAAGUACGAGCAAUGUCUGGGGAAGAUUGCUGAGCUUGAGCUUAAGACUGAUACGUACGCAAAGGAAGAAAUGUCUUUGCAGCAAAGUGUGAACGAAAAUACACUUAAAGCACAGGAACUUGCCGAUCGAAUCGAACAACUGCGGGCGGAAAACGAUGCACUCAAACAAAACUACACCGAACUGGAAGCAGCCAAAGCGUCACAGGAGGCAGAAUACCAGCGGACGCAUCAGGAGGAACUGCUUCGGUUCGAUUCGUUACAGACGGAAAUGGACGAAAAGCUGACCGCACUCGCUACGGAAAAGGAUUCGAUAGCGGGUGAAAAGCAACAAACGUGGGAACAGCUGUUAAUGCUUCAAUCCGAAACCUCCCAAAAGCAGGCCGACUUUGAAUCCUUGGAAAAGGACCUUAAAUCCGUUCUGGAGCAAAAGGAUCACGAGCUGGAGGAGCUAAAUGCAAAGUAUCACGAGCUGGAAGAGAAAUAUCAGAGUCUAGAUGCAAAUAUGGAACGGUUGCUUUCCGAAAAGGAAACGGUCGAAAUUGAUCUGCAAGAUUUACUUCACCAACAGGAGCAAACGGAACAGAAGCUGCAAGCCGCGCUCGCGCAAUUGGGCGCGGCCCAGACCGCAUUGAUCGACAGUAAAAUUAGUGGCGAAACGGCACUCCGCACACUGCUGGAAGCGUGUAUUAAAUCGUCGGAAAAGUUGACACUGCGCGCCAUCGGCGAAAAUGAAAUGCCCGGUGCUGGAGGAACACCGACCUACUUCCUGAUGAUUGCCGAAGAGCUCCAGGAGGUGCUCACUAAGCUGAAGAUGGUGCACGAGAACUACCUGAAGGAUAAUUCGACGAACGUUGAAUCGCUGGCACGGAAAGUCAUUAUCGGUGCUCACCUGCUAGCUUCGGCACACGUACAGGGCAUGACCGUAUGCAACCGAUCGGCCAACAUUGAAAGCGGUGAACGUAUUGCAGAAGAGUUGAAAAGGCUCGGCCAAUCGAUCACGACCCUCUUCCAAUCGCUGCAGAAAACGAGCGAAGCAAGCACCGUCAGUGAGCAUAUCACUGAUUUAAAGGUGAAGCUGGAAGAGGUAACAACGAUGAUCGUGGAUCUUGGCAAGCAAACCGAUGGCACCGAGAAUUUGGGUGAUAUGGUUGAGUCUGAACUGAGCAGCAUGGAUAAGGCGAUCGAAGAGGCAGCAUCGCGUAUUCAGGAAAUGCUAUCGAAAUCCCGUGCCUCCGAUUCGGGCAUUAAAUUGGAGGUGAAUGAAAAGAUUCUGGAUGCCUGCACGAGUCUCAUGCAGGCGAUACGAGUGCUGGUGCAGAAGUCACGCUUGCUGCAAUCGGAAAUUGUCGGACUCGGCAAGGGAACCGCUUCGGCGAAGGAAUUCUACAAGCGCAACCACCAAUGGACGGAGGGAUUGAUAUCGGCGGCGAAGAGCGUUGCCCAAGGGGCUAAUUUCUUGGUCACGGCGGCUAACAAAACGGUUGCCGGUGGUGCGAAACAUCAGCUGGAUUUGGUAGUUGCCGCACAGGAGAUCGCAGCCUGUACCGCUCAGCUGGUAGUAGCCAGCCGCGUGAAAGCACCCCGUUCCAGCACCAACCUGACGGCGCUCGGUACGGCAUCGAAGAACGUUACGCAAGCCACCGGGAUUGUUGUUGCGACGGCAAAGGAUUGUAGCCAGCGGCUCGAAGAUUCACAGGAUCUCGAUCUCGGCACGCUGACGGUACAUCAGGCCAAAACGAAGGAAAUGGAGAUACAGGUAAAGGUGCUGGAGCUGGAGCAAGCACUGCAGGUCGAACGGAUGCGAUUGGCUUCGUUCCGCAAAAAGAACUACCAACAACCAGUGGAGGAGUAG